ACGAAGCGCAUUCGAGCUCGCGAGAUACGAGGCGAGAGCCAGCCGGACGCACAUUGCAGUAGUCAGUGUCUAUACGAGCUACAGCAGCUGCGUGACUAUAAUAUAUAUUUAUCCGGCUCUCGAAGUAGCGUGUGUACAAUCCAGUCGUGCGUUGAGAUGAUACCGAUGCGGACGUGGUCGUCGUCGUCGUCGUCGUCGUUUUCGUUAUCUUUGUUGUUCUUGGCUCUGAUCGCGUCGCGAUGCCAAGCCGCGCCGCCGCCGACUACUCUAGACGCGGCCAACAGCAACAACAACAACAACAAGAACAACGUUGGUGUCACGGAGACGCCUUACGCCGAUGGCUGUAGACCGUGCAGCACCUCGUCCAGAGAACGAUGCCCUACCGAUCCGGCGACCGACUGCUUGCUGGGCACCGUGCCGGACGCCUGCGGCUGCUGUCCGACCAGCGGCGUGUGCGCACGCCUCGAGGGCGAGACCUGCUGGGACGAGAAGCUCCGCGAGCUGCUGCCGGCCGCGGCUAGGAACGCCGGCCGCUGCGCCGGCGACUACAGCUGCAGACUGAGACACGAUCUCGAGGAUGGGGACGAGCCCGAGGCCGUGUGCUCGUGUCGGGAGUCGCGCCGAGUCUGCGGCAGCGACAAUCGCACCUACGCCAACGCUUGCACCCUGCGCGAGACGGCGCUGCGCAUCGCCGCCAACAACGGCCCGAGCUUGGGGCUGUGGCUGGCCCACGAGGGGCCCUGCCCGACCCGGCCCAGAAUCUACUCGGCCCCGGAGAGCGUCGCCGACGCCCGACUCGGCCAGCGGGUGGCGCUCAAUUGCGAGGCCAGAGGAGUGCCGCUGCCCGACAUCUUCUGGGAGUUUCACUCGGCCGACGGCAGACGUGUGCUGCGUUACGAGACCGAAGAUCGCGCCGGGCCUGAUACGAGAACGAGCCGAUCGAGCGACGGCGCGGAGGAGGAAGACCCGGAAGACAGUCUGGUGCGAGCCACCUGGCUGGUACUGGACAACGUGGGCGCGCAGCACAUCGGCGUCUAUCACUGCAUCGCCAACAAUUCGCUCGGCCUGGCCAGCGCCUGGUCCAUCGUCAAUAUUUUUUUACAAGAUUUACAAGAUAUAUAAGAUGUACGGUCCGAGUAUGUGGCUGCAGAGCAGAUACUUGACGCCUUGCAGAAUGUCCCAGAGAGGUCGACACUUGGACGCGCCGCCGCUCA